AUGCGUAGACGGAUUCUGGCAAGUUUACGCAGCACGGAAGACCCAUUCCUUCUGGAAGAAGACGUUUUCAGGAGGUUUUUAAGAUUCCCGAAAUCCUUCUGCUGGGAACUUAUUCAAGAUCUCAAACCACUUGACAAGUUUGAUCGGAAUUCGAGAAUUCCAUUUGAGCUUCGGUUUGUUUCAGUACUAUAUUUUCUGGCAAAUGGCUCCUACCAAAGCGUUAUAGGAAACUGCCACUUCUCGGCAAUGAGUCAACCAAGCGUGUCGAGAUGUAUUGAGCAAAUUUGCAAAAUGGUAGUGGAACACAAACACUUUGAAAUUAGUUUUUUAAGUUUUAAACAUGGUACAAAAUAUACAUUUGCACCAUUUCAACGGCUUAAAAUUUGCAGCUUCCAUAACAAAUUCGGAAUAAAAGGCGUCAUAGGUGCUAUUGACUGCACACAUAUUGCAAUACUUUCCCCGCAAUCUUUAAUUGCUGGAGUAGUACCUCAUGAGUAUAUGAAUCGCAAGGGAUACUACAGCAUUAAUGUUGAAGCCAUUUGCAACGACGAACUAAUUUUUCAAAACGUCAAUGCACGAUUCCCAGGAUCUUGUCAUGACGCCGGUAUACGGACAACUUCGCCGGUGAGAAUCAAACUCAUCAGGGAACACAUUUUGGGAGCAUUUAAAUGGCUUUUAGGUGAUUCAGGCUAUCCUUUGGAGCCAUGGCUACUAACACCAAUAGCAACACCUUCUUCCGCUAGCGAAGAGAUUUUCAAUAAAACACAUAUAAAAGCAAGGAACACAAUUGAACGUGCCUUUGGAGUCCUGAAAUCACGAUUUCGGUGUCUAUCCAAAGAGCGCGUUCUUAGAUAUUCGCACAAAAAUGCGGCAGCUAUCAUCUAUACAUGUGUAAUAUUCCACAAUAUGCUGCAAAAACGUGGCAUAUUCACUGAUGAGGCCAUGCCACCAGAAGACCCAUCGAAUGAUGAAAAUAGUGAACCGAUAAGGUCAACAGAAUAUUAUUCUGAAGGCAGAAGGGCGCGGCAAAAUUGCAUGAACGCACUUACACUCUAUCACAAUUCCAUGGCAUCUCUUUUGGCCGAUGCUAAAGGUCUUUCGAUUUCGCUGGAGAACCCUAUGAUAAUUGCACGUUAUGGUGCAGCGAUUUGGACAGCAAGAUCACCGGAAUCAACGUCUUUGGACCAUUUGCUGUGCGACCAAGUCAAAGGGGAAGCUCUUGUAAACGAGCCUGAAGAUUUGAGCGAUAAUGUGAGGCGUGAAGUUUCAGAGCUUUCGCUUAGUCUCAAAGCCGAUUUCUCACUGGUUGCACGUGUAGCAGGUGGCACAAAUGGUGGUCUUUCGCCAUGUUAG